GGCGGGUGUUGUUCUAUUUUACAGGGUCAGGAAAGAAACCUUAGAAAAGAAAAAAUAGAAUUUGGCAACGAGAAUGACAGCGGGGCGAUCAACAGGCCUACCGAAGGGGGAGGAGCGGGAUCAAGUCGAGAGUGGAUUGCGAAGAGAAAGUUGUACAUAGGGUACAUGUCCAAGCAUGUAGUAGGCAGGGGAGCGAGAAAGCACGUGUGCAGAGGAUCUUCGCCCCUCCGGGAGGGAGAAGAUAUAUAUAUCUCAUCCGGGAGUGAAAGCGAGGAAGAAAGGGCGAAUGUGGGAGAAGGGGGUAAACCAGAAGGAGAAGAGACUCACGCCUCUGACAAGGGAGGGGCCGAGAGAUGCGAGCAACAUGAGUCCUAGCAUGGGGAGAGCGAGGGGAGACACGACAUGAGCAACGAACGCGAAGACGGGGGAGAAAGAAGGGAAAGCCCGCAUGAAGAGCGGAGCGGUCAUGACAGCUGUGAAGGGAGACACCCGGACUUUGAAGAGGGGUAUGGGAGGAGGACAAAGAUUCCCUAUAGCUUCGAUCCGAAGAACCUCACGGGUGGGUUCAGCCCCAUACGGACGGAAGAAGAGGUGAAUGAGGAGGAGGAAGUACAAGAGGUCAUAGAGAUCAGCAGUGGCGAUGAGAGGGAUGAAAUCUCAAGGCCUAGAGAAGAGAGGCGAACCCCGAUACACCAGUCUGCAUUAGUGCAGAUUGUGUACAGUGUUGUAAGCGACGAGGAGGACAGUAGAGAGGACGACCGGAUCUUGCGAUCGGCAAGGCGCCCAGUUGCCCAUUUGGCAUUAGGUCCAGAGGGUGACAGAUAUCUGUUCCGCCAGCGUAGGGAGAGGCAGCAGUGGCAGAGGAGAGUCAGGGCUGAAGAGGCAAGCAGGGCAUUUGUAAGUGAAGCCGCAGCUUCAGCAGCCAUGGCCAAUUCUGCGCAGCAGAGUUCCCAGGCUAGUAGUUCAGGAUCUGUAGGGUCAACGGUCGCGCAGACCCUGAGUCAGUCCACUGGCGUAAUGGCAAGCCAGCCAAUAGUGUUGACUUGCGACGAGAUUGCCAUACAACAAGCAGCAUUGCAGGAGGCACAACUACAGAAGGCAUUAGGAGAGAUACAAGCGGAGAAAGAAAGGAUGAUUAGAAGAAGAGCCAGGAUGCAGCGGAGACAAGCGGACGUUAGUGAGUUAGAGGAGAUGGAGCUGACGCACGUGACUGAUGAUGCGAGAACCAUACGGUUGAGGUUACCACGCAACCUGCUGUCUCGCAGCCUGUACAACCGCAGGGUACACAAACCCCAGCAGCUAGCACAGCAGCCUGUGUCACAGGGUCCACAACUCGGAGUGGUGCAGGGACCGGGACAAACACAGUGGGUACCAAGGACGACCAUCGCCGCUCCUAAACCCUUCACAGGGGAUAAGAGAGGCGAAGACCUUGACACUUGGUUGAGGGCAGUGUCGAUCUAUAUCAAGUGUAAACUCACCUUGCCGCACGAGGAAGUGCUUGUGGCUGCAUAUUACCUAGAGGGUAGUGCAGCAAGAUGGUUUAGUGGUUUGGUUCAGCUACAGGGAUAUGGUCAUGACUUUCGCGCUUGGGCGGUCACCCAACAAUUGGAUGACUUCCUUAAGGUGGUGAAAGAAAGGUGGCAUGGUCCUCAGGAGGCCCACAUGGCCACUAAUGUGAUCUUGACACUGCACACGAGGCAGUUUAAGUCAAUAAGGGAGGCCACGGACGCUGUAGAGCGUCUGAUCUGUGUCCGUGGGGUGCGCUAUGACCCCCGGGUUCUACUCACCUCCUACUUGAGAUGCUUUCCUAUGCCUCUCAGGAAUCAGUUGGCAGGUGAGGCCAACAUCAAUGUUCACAACUUCCCCUCGUUAAGCAAGAAGGCCCUAGACCUUGAAGCGAAGAUAGGGCAUGGACACAAUCCCACAACGAACGGUAGGAAAAAGACACUGCCUCCUAACUGGAAGGCGAAGGGCCGCAUUAUGCUUGUCGAUAACCAUGGUUCAACCAUCGAGUUAGACGACGACUUCCAGGAGGGAGUAGGUUCAGAGGCUGGCAGCGUAGAAGCUUCAGGGGGUGGAGUAGGCGCUGCCGUAGCUCAGAAAGGUAAGGCGACCGGUAGACGUCGUGGAGGCUCCCGGUCUAGGAGUCAAGUUGACCCUAAUGCUCCUCCAUGGGAGAAAGCGGGUCUCACAGAGGACGUGUGGAGAGAUCGGUAUACACGGCAGGCCUGCAGUCGUUGUGGUCAAUAUGGCCAUAACCAAUUCAAGUGCCGCAACAAGAAGGUGACCGAUAGGAUCCCGCCUACGAUGGGGCAGGCGUUGGGAUCCUCCCAUCCCGUUCGUAGCAAUGUAGCUAGUACCUCUGGCACUGCUCAGGGAAACACGUCGGGCCAGUAGGAAUAGUAGCUGUUCCUACUAGGGUCGCGGUGGUGGAUACACCCUCACCAUCUCAAGAGAUGGCCCAAGCUACUGACCCCAGCGUCGUCCCGCAAACACCUUGAGACCCAUCGAGCCUCUGUUCGAUGAAUGUGUUUGAGUCCUUAGAGGAGCUAGAGGAGGAGUGGUCUAGAUGAGACCCGCUAGCUUCUUGGACGACCUUAGUCAAAGCCCCGAAGGGUGAAUGUUCGUCAGCGAGGUGGUCAUUGGUGGCCGCAAGGCCGGGGCCUAUUAUGGCACUUGCUCGACAAGGAACUUCAUCAGUCGCGCGUGCGUUGAGAGGCUGCGCUUACAGGGGCGAGUGCAGCGCCUGAGUCGACCUGUGGAGUCGACAUGUGCCAACAAACAGCGCAUGGUAGU